AUGGAAGUUGAUCAAUUAAUAAAAUGGAGAAGAGAAUUACAUUCAUUUCCUGAACUUGGAUGGACAGAAUUUGUUACAACAUCAAUAUUAGUUAGAGAAUUAAAAUUAAUGGGAUAUGAACCAUUAUUAGGUGAAUCAAUAAUUAAUACAAAAUUUGUAAGAGGUAGAAAGAAAGAUGAUGUUGAAAAAGCAAUUAAAAUGGCAAUUGAUAAAGGAGUUGAUAAAGAAUUAUUGGAUAAAAUGAAUGGAUUUACUGGAUGUGUCGCAAUUUAUGAUUCAGGAAAACCAGGUCCAACUGUUUCAUUAAGAUUUGAUAUUGAUUGUGUUGGUGUUCAAGAGACUGAUAAUGAAAAUCAUUUACCAUUAAUCAAUGGUUUCAAAUCAAAAAAUCAAAAUCAAAUGCAUGCAUGUGGUCAUGAUGGUCAUAUGACAAUUGGUUUAGGUAUUGCAAAAUGGUUAAAACAACAACAAGAGAAUUCAUUAUGUGGUCGUGUUAAAUUAUUAUUUCAACCAGCAGAAGAAGGUGUAAGAGGUGCACAAGCAAUGGCAGAAAGUGGAAUUGUUGAUGAUUGUAGUUACUUUUUAGCCUCACAUAUUGGUUUUAUAGCAAAGAGUGGUGAAGUUGUUGUGAACCCCUCUAAUUUCCUUUGUACAACUAAAUAUGAUUUUAGAUUUAAAGGUUUAUCAAGCCAUCCUGGUAAAGAUCCACAUGUUGGUAUAAAUGCAUUGGCUGGUUGUUGUACUGCCGCUACUCAAUUAUUAGCAAUUCCAAGACAUGGUAAAGGUAUGUCACGUAUUAAUGUUGGAGUAAUUCGUGCGGGUGAAGCUAGAAAUGUAAUACCAGCCUAUGGAGAAUUACAAGUUGAAGUUAGAGGUGAAACUGAAGAAAUCAAUACUUUUAUGUGUCAACAAGCAGAGAGAUUAGUAAAAGGUGUUGCAUUAGGAUAUGGAUUGGAUUUAGAAAUUGAAAUUAUGGGUGAAGCCGUAGAUUUAACAAAUGAUAAAGAAAUGGUUCAAUUACUAUCAGAUGUUUCAAAAUCAAAUAAUCAAACCGUUAUUGAACAACGUUCAUUUGGUGGUAGUGAGGAUGCAACUAUUUUAGGUCGUAGAGUACAAAAAAUUAAUAAUGGAAAAGCAAUUUACUUUGUCUUGGGUUCUGAUUUAAAAGGUACUCAUCAUCAAUCUGAUUUUGAUUUUGAUGAAUCAAUUUUACCAAUUGGUGUUAAAAUUUAUACUGAUUGUUUGUUAAAAUUAAUUUCUAAAAAAUAA